CCCCCCCCCCGGCACUUUUCUCCCCGACGCCUCCCGGCCGCGGCCCAGACGCUCGGCGGGACCCCCAGGAGGGCUUCGGGGAGGGGACCGGGCAGCCCCCCCGGCUUUGAUUUUUGGGGAGGGGGCCGCCUUUUCCCCCCGCCUUCGAUUUUUUGGGGAGGGGGCCUCUCACCAUCCCCUCCGGCCGCUCCCCAGGAGGGGACGAACCCCCCCGAAAUCCUCGCAAUAAAGCCCCAAAAGCCGCCCCCCUCCGCCCGCUCCCCUUCCCGGGCGGGGGUCCCCGCGGCGCUCAUCCCCCGGCGGCGGUGCUGAGCGGGGCGCGCGCCCCCCCCGCCCGCCCCGUGCCCCCCACCCCAAUGUUCAGCUGGCUGCGGCGCCAGGAGAAGCGGAGCCCCGAGGUGGUGCGCACGGUCACCGAGGGGCUCCGCCGCCUCUACCGCGCCAAGCUGCUGCCGGUGGAGGAGUUCUACCGCUUCCACGACUUCCACUCGCCCGCGCUGGAGGACGCCGACUUCGAGACGAAGCCCAUGGUGCUGGUGGCCGGGCAGUACUCCACCGGGAAGACCACCUUCAUCCGCUACCUGCUGGAGCACGACGUCCCCGGCAGCCGCGUGGGCCCCGAGCCCACCACCGACUCCUUCGUGGCCAUCAUGCACGGCGACACCGAGGGCAUCACGCCGGGCAACGCGCUCAUCGUCGACCCCAACAAGCCCUUCCGCAAGCUCAACCCCUUCGGGAACACCUUCCUCAACCGGUUCAUGUGCGCCCACCUGCCCAACCAGGUGCUGGAGAGCAUCAGCCUCAUCGACACCCCCGGCAUCCUCUCGGGGGCCAAGCAGCGCGUCUGCCGCGGCUACGACUUCCCGGCCGUGCUGCAGUGGUUCGCCGAGCGCGUGGACCUCAUCAUCCUCCUCUUCGACGCCCACAAGCUGGAGAUCUCGGACGAGUUCUCCGAGGCCAUCCGAGCCCUCAAGGGCAACGAGGACAAGAUCCGGGUGGUCCUGAACAAGGCCGACAUGGUGGAGACGCAGCAGCUGAUGCGCGUCUACGGGGCGCUCAUGUGGUCCCUGGGGAAGGUGUUCAACACCCCCGAGGUGCUGCGCGUCUUCAUCGGCUCCUUCUGGUCCGAGCCGCUGCUCAUCGCCGACAACCGGCAGCUCUUCGAGCUGGAGGAGCAGGACUUGUUCCGGGACAUCCAGAACCUGCCCCGAAACUCGGCCCUGAGGAAGCUCAACGACCUCGUCAAGCGAGCGCGCCUCGUUAGGGUGCACGCGCACAUCAUCAGCCACCUGAAGAAGGAGAUGCCGUCCGUCUUCGGCAAGGACAACAAGAAGAAGCAGCUCAUCGCCAAGCUGCCCGUCAUCUUCGCCCGCAUCCAGCUGGAGCACCACAUCCCCCCGGGGGACUUCCCCGACUGCGCCAGGAUGCAGGAGCAGCUGCUGGUGCACGACUUCGCCCGCUUCCCGUCGCUGAAGCCGCGGAUGCUGGAGGCGCUGGACGAGCUGCUGACCCGCGACAUCGCGGCGCUGAUGCCGCUGCUGCGCCAGGAGGAGCUGGAGGCGCCCGAGGUGGGCGUGCAGGGGGGGGCCUUCGAGGGCACCCGGCAGGGCCCCUUCGUGGAGGGAGCCCUCGGGGAGGAGGAGGAGGAGGCCGGGGAGGAAGGCGACGAGUGGGUGGUGACGAAGGACAAGGCCAAGUACGACGAGAUCUUCUACGGGCUGGCGCCGCUGGGGGGGAAGCUGAGCGGGCGGCAGGCGCGGGGCUGGAUGGUGAGCAGCAAGCUGCCCAGCUCCGUGCUGGGCCGCAUCUGGCAGCUGAGCGACGUGGACCGCGAUGGCAUGCUGGACGCCGAGGAGUUCGCGCUGGCCGGGCACCUCAUCGGCGCCAAGCUGGAGGGCCGGGGGCUGCCGGCCGACCUGCCCCGCUCCCUCGUGCCCCCCUCCAAGCGGCGCCACAAGGGCUCGGCCGAGUAGCGGGGAAUAAAGGGAGAGGCGGCCA